AUGGCGCUCUGGGCAGUGAAAGCAAUCGCCAUCACGGUCGGCACCAUUGGCGGGCUUUACAUUGGUCUGGUCGCGCUUCUGACGACAGCGACAUUCCAAAGUCAUGUGGUUUAUCUGCACGCGAUCCAAAUGACAUGGUUCAAAGAUCUCAAUACACCAGAAGUCUUCGGCUUCUUACAUAAUCAAGUCACACCAUUCCGAAUCACAGCUCAGAACGGCAUCGAUCUCUACGCAUGGCACAUCCUGCCCGUCGGUCUGUAUCAAAAGCAUGAAAAUCAACUGCUUACAGAACCUUCUGGAUUUGUCUCGGACUUUGAGAACCGCCUUCCGUUCCAAUUGCUACGAGAUGACCCCGAAGCUCGACUUGUCGUCCAUUUCCAUGGAGCAGGGGGCACAGUCGGCUCUGGCUAUCGAUGCCCCAACUACCGAGCUCUGUCCGCUGGCGCACCGGAUAAGCUUCACGUUCUGACCUUUGACUACCGAGGAUUUGGUGCAAGCCCCGGAGUACCAUCAGAGAAAGGCCUGAUUGCCGAUGCCUUGGCCGUCGUUGACUGGGCAUUGCACGUCGCAAGAAUCCCCGCCUCUCGUAUAGUCAUCUAUAGCCAAUCGCUGGGUACAGCCGUGAACAUGGCUGUUGCAGAGCACUACGCCCUUCAGAGGACUCCCGUUGUCUUUGCUGGACACAUUCUCACAGCUCCGUUCGUGGACGUAACAACCCUGGUGUCGACAUACAGCGUCGCUGGUACGAUUCCACUCCUCGGGCCUGUGGCUAGGUUUCCAGUCUUGCUCAAUUAUCUCAAGAAGUUUAUUCGUGAUCAAUGGUCGACGAAAGAUCGUAUUGCGAACUACGUCCGCACCAACGAAGCCAAUAACCAGGCAUAUCGUAUCACUCUACUUCAUGCUGAAGACGACUACGACAUUCCAUGGACACACACCCCAACGCUAUUCUGGCACGCAGCCAAUGCGUCGGGCAGUAGCGAAUUGACCCGGGUCGAAGUUGACGAGAUCAAAACAAAGACAAAAUCGGAUCAUAAGAUGGCUGGUACGAUUGUGGAAUGGAAGACGAGUAAUGGCAUCAUCAGAGAGGAGAUCCUCAAGUAUGGCCUGCACGAUGUGAUUAUGGGAAACCCAAUCGUGUCCUUGGCCGUCAUGAGGAUGUUUGACGGGUCGCGAGACGGUUCAAUGCUGGAAAAGGACACUCAAUAA